AUGGAUUCAACGAAGCUCAUUCCAGUCAUCCGGAAUGCUUUCCACUCGCUCCAAUCUUUCCGAGACAAGGUUUUAACAGGUCAAACGGAAUUGUACAAUCCUGUUCUUAAUUUACACUUCAUUCAAAGAUUUGGAAUAUCAUCAUCUGCAUCUCUACAAUCCAAAGAAAACGGAACUUCCCAAAAUGAGGGAGACACUACAGGUAUUCCCAAUGAUGCUAAAGAAAGUACAGAUGCAGAAAAUCCUAGUAAAACAGAAGCCUCUGAUCAGAAAGGAGAAGAGUUGGAUUCAGAUGAGGAAGAGCUGUCAGUGGAGGAUCUGGUCAAUCUUGUGGCUGAGAAAGAGGGACUUCUGAAGACAAAGCAUAAAGAGAUUGAGGAAAUGAAAGACAAAAUUCUUCGAACAUAUGCUGAAAUGGAAAAUGUAAUGGAGAGGACAAAAAGAGAAGCAGAGAACUCAAAGAAGUUUGCAAUACAGAAUUUUGCCAAGAGCUUACUGGAUGUUGCGGAUAAUUUGGGUAGAGCUUCUUCAGUGGUAAAAGAGAGUUUCGCUAAGAUGGAUACAUCUCAAGAUAGUGCUGGAGCUGUGCCACUUUUAAAAACCCUGCUGGAAGGCGUUGAGAUGACUGAAAAACAACUAGCAGAGGUUUUCAAAAAAUUUGGAGUGGAAAAAUAUGAUCCCACAAAUGAAGAAUUUGACCCCAACAGGCAUAAUGCUGUAUUCCAAGUACCUGAUCCAACCAACCCACCUGAUCAAGUUGCAGUUGUGCUCAAGGCAGGAUACAUGUUGCAUGAUCGAAUUCUACGACCGGCUGAAGUUGGUGUGACCAUAGCUAUGGACAAAAAAGAUGCAAAUGAAGAAACCCAAACUUGAAACUGACACCCAAAAAUCUCAAGUAAGCUAAGCUUAUAGUUUUAUCACCGAUAGGAGUUCUUGUAGUUUGCAUAAAACUCUUGAGCCUGAGUUACACUUGUACACCCUGCUAUUUAGAAAAGUUAUUUUUUUAUUUUUAUUUUUAAACAAGGGUCAGAAACCACCUGUUGAAAAUGUUCUUUUUUUACAUCUAAUGGUGAAAUUUGAGUAAAAGACCAUACUUACCCUUAUAAGGUUUGGGGCAUGCCCCAAUUGAUGGCAUUCCUACGACACGCACAUACUUAUUAGGCCCUAUCAUCUUUAAGGAUAACAUCCGUUAAUCGAU